AUGAGUUGGAAGGGGAAUAACCAAAAACUUCAUACAAAAUUUGAAGAUGAUGUACCUAAAAAUGAAGUAUUGAAUACACCUGAAUAUAAUGAUGAAGUAACGUCAACAGAAGUUAAUAAAUCUAAAAAGAGAAAAAGAAAGAAGAAGACAUCUAAUGAUCUUGAAGCUAAAGAUCAAGAAAAUCAAACCAAUAUUUCAAAAGAUGUUAAUAUUGAAAUUUCAAAUGGUAAUGAUCUUACAGUGGAAAGUCCUAAUUCAAAACAAGUCAAAUCAAUAGAUCAAGAAGAUCGUAAAAUACAUAAAUUACCUAAAGUAAACAACAAAAAACCUAAAAUAAGUACCAAAUUGAAAACCAAUGGCAAUGGGAAACCUAAAACUGUGAAUUUUUUCAGUGAUGAUGAAGAAGAACAAAGAGAUGGAAGAGGUAUUGAAUUAUCAAAAGAAUCAAGAAUUUUAAAAUCAAAACAAUUAUUAAAAAUACGAGAAACUCUACCAAUUUAUAAAUCAAAAGAUGAAAUAAUAUCCAAAUUACAAAAAGAAAGAGUCACUAUACUUAUUGGUGAAACAGGUUCAGGUAAAUCUACACAAAUUCCACAAUUUUUAUUACCUUUAAAUAAAAAAAGUAUAGCUGUUACACAACCUCGUCGUGUUGCAGCAAUAAAUUUAGCUACAAGAGUUGCUGAGGAAGCUGGAUCCGCAUUGGGUGAUAAAGUUGGUUAUUCUGUUAGAUUUGAUAAUAAAACCACUCAUCAUACAAAAUUAAAAUAUUUAACAGAUGGUAUGUUAUUAAGAGAAUUAAUGGUUCAAUCUUCAUUACCUGAAUAUUCUACAAUAAUUAUUGAUGAAGCACAUGAAAGAACAGUGUUAACUGAUUUAUUAAUGGGGUUCCUAAAGGAAUUAUUAACCAAGAGAAAUGAUUUAAAAUUAAUCAUUAUGUCUGCUACAUUAGAUGCUGAAAAAUUUUCAAAAUUUUAUAAUGAUGCACAAAUUUUAUAUGUCGAAGGUAAAAUGUAUAAUGUUGAUCGUCUUUAUUUAGGUGAACCAGUGGAAGAUAUUGUUGAUGCUUCAAUCAAAUCUAUUGUUCAAGUUAAUAAUGGUGAAUUAGAAGGUGAUAUCUUAGUUUUCUUACCAGGUCAAGAAGAAAUUGAUAAAUGUGUUGGAUUAUUAGAAAGAAUUGCACCAGGAUUACCAAGAGAAGCUCCAUUAAUUGUUCCAUUACCUCUUUAUGCAGCAUUGCCACCUGUGGAACAAGCUAAAGUGUUUUUACCAUUGAAAGCAAGAAGAAGAAAAGUUAUUUUAGCUACAAAUAUUGCAGAAACUUCUAUUACAGUUCCAGGGGUUAGAUAUGUUAUUGAUUCUGGGUUACGUAAAGUUAAAGUUUGGAGACAUCAAUUAGGAUUAUCAACUUUGCUAACAGCACCAGUUUCUAAAGCAUCUUCCACUCAAAGAGCUGGUAGAGCUGGUCGUGAAAGAGAAGGUAAAGCUUUUAGAUUAUAUACCGAAGAUGAUUAUGGUAAAUUACCAAAUCAAACAGAACCAGAAAUUUCAAGAUCAAAUGUUACAUCACCUGUAUUAAUGUUAAAAAGAGCAGGUAUUGAUGAUAUUUUAAAUUGGUCAUGGUUAGAACACCCUGGGCAAGAAUCAUUAUUAUCAUCAUUAACACAAUUAUAUCAAAUUAAAGCACUUGAUGACCAAGGGAAAAUUACAAAAUUAGGUUUACAAAUGGCUAUAUUACCAUUAGAACCACAAUUAUCAGCAAUUUUAUUGAAUGCAUAUGAAACUGGUUGUUUAACACAAGUUGUUGAUAUUGUAUCAUGUUUAUCAGUUGAUAAUUUAGUUAUGAAUCCACAAUCCGAAUCAAGAGAUGAAGUUAAUGAAAAAAGAUUAAGUUUAUGUAUCCUAGGUUCAAAAUAUGGUGAUUUAUUAAUGUUGAAAGAAUUAUUAGAUUUUUAUAUUCAAUUUGAUAAUUCAAGAGAAAGACAACAAUGGUGUAAAGAAUUAUCAUUAUCAUUCCGUGGAUUUAAAAAUGUUUUGAGAGUACGAAAUCAAAUUAGACAAUAUAUGAUUAUGUUAACAAAAGAUCAACAUUUAUUUGAUGAAGAUGAAGAAAUUGGUAAUAAACCAAUGGAUAUUUCAUCAGUACUCAAGGCUUUUUUAAUUGGGUUUGUAUCAAAUACAGCUAUUGGUAUGCCUGAUAGAUCAUAUAGAACUACAGCAUCAGGUCAAUUAAUUUCAGUUCAUCCAUCAUCAAUGAUUUUUGGUAAAAAGGCAGAUGCAAUCAUGUAUACUGAUUAUGUGUAUACUACAAAAGGCUAUGCUAGAAACGUGAGUGUGAUUGAUUUGUCGAUGUUACAAGAGGCUGGAUCACAUCUUUUGGCAUCAAAGACCAAGGUAUAG